GCGGAUGUGCGCAACUACUUCUACGCUCUCGGCCUGAGGGAGGAGUUGGGACUGUUCUUCUCGCUGCCGCCGGUGUCGCAGGCUUCGUUGUCGCAAUGGGGGGUUGAGGCAGUGGACACUCCCGAGGGCCCCUCAGGGGGCUGGGUGUGGCCGUUCCUGCGGGUCGUUCCGAUGGGCUGGUCUUGGGCUUUCUGGCUUGGGCAGCGUGCGAACGCGCACGUCUGCUGCUCUGCCUCGGGGCUCGGGUUCCCGCGGGUGCUGACCGAUCACGGUCCGGUGCCCCCGCUCGACGGGGGGGUCCCUUGCCUCCUCCCCUAUUGCGAUAACAUCAACGUCAUCGGCACCGACCCUGUCAGAUGCAAUGCCCUGAUGCACCAGAUCUGCGACGCCUGGAAGAAGCAUGGCGUGCAGAUCCACGAGGUGGUUGAGGCCACUGACGUCUUCACCAGCCUCGGCCGCCUGAUCGAUGGCGCGUCUGGGCGAGUUUUCUCACGGCCCGAGCGCUCUGAGCGCCUCCGCCGGGCCUCACUGUGGCUAGAGCAGCGCCCUAGAGUCACGGGGAGGGAGGUGGAGAGGUACGUGGGUCAUCUCAUCGAUCAUUUGAUGUUGAAGAGGGAGCUGCUCUCGAUCCUCAGGAGUUUGUAUGAUUUCGUCAGGGAUUGCUAUCAUGUGCGAGCCCGUCUCUGGCCCUCAGCUGCCCGCGAAGUCGAGCAGUGCCGUCGCCUGCUGCCGCUGAUGUCGGCUAAUAUUCGGCUUCAGUGGUCGCCGACGGUAUUCGCUUAUGACGCUUGCCUGACGGGUAUGGCGACGUGCCAGACAACACUGUCAUCAGAUCUCGUCAAACGUAUCGGGUCAGUCAGUGAGAGAUGGAGAUAUCGCAUGCCUUCGGCUAUCUCGGCACGCCGUUCCGCGCUGGGAGCCCGUUCUGGAGGCUACGAGGCCUCGGAGGGGCCCUUCGACGUCUUCAGCGACAUCGAGACCGUCAAGGCCCCCAGGAGCACCAGCAUGGACCUCGUCAAGGACCCCUGGGAGCUCAACCCGCAGUUCACAGAGGUGCCCGUACAGGCUCUGCAGGGCCCCCAGUGGAAGCAGGUGGUCUCGGCCAGGGUUCACGUCAAGAUCGUGCAGAAGAGCCUUGUGACGGGCAGGCCGUUCGUUGGGGCGACGAAGGAGGUGAGGAUCGCUCACCGUCUGCGGGCCCAUGGGGCUUUGACGAUGGUGGGGGAGGACGAGAGGAGCGUCCUGGACUGGAACGCGGUGGCCCCCGAGACCCUGGCCUACUACAGGGACGCUUUCGACGGCUUCCAGAUGUUCGUGGGCCUCUUCGAGCUGCCGCUGCACACCGCUGCGCAGGUCGCCCUGGCGCCGAUGAACUACGCCGACUACGCCUGGAGCAUCGGGCUCGAGAGAGCUGCCGUCCUGAACACAUAUGCCGCGCACAUCUCGGGGCACCCCGACUUUUCCCGAAAGAAGUCGCUCCGCCUGCCGCGUCUCUAUCGGGCCCUCCAGGGCUCGAAGCGCCUGGUCCCAGGCCAGACGCGCCCGACCAUGCCCUGGCCCGUGGUCGCGCUGGUCGCACUGGUGAUGGCCACGCAGCGGGGGUCCCAGCACGCAGCGCUCAUGGUGGUGACAAUGUUCGGGGUGUACCUCAUGCCCUCCGAGGACGUCGGCCUGCGCGAGCAGGACCUCUUCCUCCCCUUGGGCUUGUGCACGGUCUACGGCUUCAACCUGCACCCCAUCGCGAUGGGCGAGUACAGCAAGACCAGCUUGUCGGACGAGAGCCUGCCCCUCAGCUCGGUCGAGGUGCCCUGGCUGGGCCCGCGGCUGGCGCGCGCGAGGUCGGGGGACCCACAGGCGACGCGGUUUCGUCUCACCACCGCGCAGCUCGUCGCCCAGUGGCGCCAGUCGCUGGAGCGGGCCGAGGUGCCCACCAGGUACUUGCCCUACCAGCUCCGCUACGCGCAGGCCACCAGGUACGCGCCCCCCAGGUACGCGCCCACCAUGGACGCGCAGGUGGCGCCCGCGCCCAGCAGGCCUUUCGUCGAACUCAUGUGCGGCUCCGCCGCCUUGGCCAAGGCCGUCCACGCCGCCGGCUGGGCUUCGGAGGGCUGGGACUACGCCGACGACCCGCGAGCCGACCUUCUUGAGGAGUCCUUCAUCGACAGUCUGGUAUUGAGGAUAUCAAGGAAGGAGGUCGCGGGGGUGCAUGUCGGCCUGGACUGCAAAACGCGGAGCCGGGCAAGGAAGAAUGAUGGUCGGGGUCCGCCGCCACUCAGGGACGAUGCGAAUUUGCACGGCCUCCCUCUGUUGGCGGCGGCAGACGCUGAGAAGGUGAUGAUCGCCAAUCGUCUGCUCGCUAAUGUUCUGCGCCUGCUGGCUGCUGCCAUCGAGGCGAGAAUCCCCUUCUCCCUCGAGAAUCCUCGCUCGUCUCGCCUCUGGCUGGUCCCGGAGCUUCUGGACAUGGCCCGCGACGCUCACGCCGAAUGGGCGUCGGUUGAUUAUUGCCAGUAUCAG